GUCACUUCACAACAAAUGCGCAUUCUAUCCUUCACCACCACAUCCUUCCACAGCGACAGAGAAUGUCUGCUGACAAGCUAGCACCGACUGAUCCACUGUUCCUGUCUAACCAAAUUAUGAGUCUUCACAGCGCCGCCUCGCCUGUCCCAUGCGCCCGCUAGUGAAGCAGACACCACGCUCAGGGCAUCACUUGUCGUCUCACCUUUUCCCUCCUUCUCACGCAUCAUGGCAGACCCGCGGGUCGUGUCACAGAAGCACCCUCGACCCCAGUCUCGGUCUCAAGAUGUGCAUGACAACCUGAGCGAGUCGCGUUUCCCCCAGAACCAAGGAAAAGAGUCGGAGGCGGGGGCUCAAGAUCGCUUUCUGUUGACACCACCGGCACACACCUCUCAUGUCGAUCCUAUGCAACAGGCCAUCUUCCACAACAAUAUCCGUGCUUCUCAGGCAAAUCAACAUGCCCCAUUCCCCAGUGCACAAUUGUCAACUUCCCCAGAACGCUAUCAAACCAUCCCUCAUGAGGCGGCGAUCCUGCUCGGUGGCUUGCAUAUUCGGACAGAUGGCAACAAUGCCAUGAAUCGGUCGAACUCAGGACACUCGAUAGACUCUGACUCGCGCUUAAGAUCGAGUUCCUCUGCUUCAAGCCUUCCUCUCCGACAUCCGAGCAUUCGAGCACAUCUCCAUUCGUCUGCGGGCUCUGUCUCUCCGGGAACGAGUAUCUCCUCUCCACAAAUUGCUGCCAUGCUGGAUAUCACACCCCUACCUUCUCCGACCAUCGGUACGUUCGAGUCAUUGAGAGCGCUGUCGAGAACUCGAUCCCGUGGCUCCUCGAUCUCUUCUUUGAAAUCUACAAAGGCAGAGUCUUCGGCUUCCCCUGCUGCUGCUGCUGCUGCUACGGCUGUCUUGUCACCUACUUCACCCCGCCGGAAAGGAUAUGGUGUACUCAGAUCUCCCCCGAAAUCAAACUUGUCCGAUGAGCAGGGUAUUUCGAGUGAAGAGUCGCAUCCUAGAAGUGUAAGCGACUAUGUCCCGGAGGCCUUAGCAGUCCCGAAACCUCGAUAUGUGGCUGUAUCGACCACUGGCCCGCCCUCUGGCCUGACGGACACUCCCAUGCAUCGUGAAGAAUUCAUCGGCCCCGACAGGAGAACCACCAAAUCUCAUGCCAGACCGACGACCCCACCACCGAUUACCCCUACAACUGAGCCUAUCGAUGAAGAUGAACCAGCGGCCAAGCGUCCCCGAUUGGAGGUUUUCCACGCGAAGAGCAUCACUACUGGGGAGCCGAGAUCUUAUGAAGCGAUCCGUAUCCUUGGUCAGGGAACGUUCAGCAAGGUCUAUCUGGCAGUGCGAUUGAUUCAUAAAGAUCGACAAGACAGUGUUGAUUAUCGGCAAGAGAGCAUGAAUAUGGCUGGAGUCAAGGCCCGAUCUCGAAGACUGGUGGCUGUGAAGGUAGUUGAACAUGGACCUGCUGGUGGUGCAGAUGCCGACCGAAUCGAGAUUGGGCUGAAGCGAGAAGUGGACAUUCUCAACGCUAUUCAACAUCCCUCUUUGGUCCAUUUGAAAGCCUUUGGAACCGACGGGCGUGCGCGAGCUCUGCUGGUCAUGAAUUACUGUCCUGGUGGAGAUCUAUUUGAGGUUGCUACCAAAUACCGAGAGGUUCUGGUUCCAGCACUUGUGCGAAGAAUUUUCGCCGAGCUUGUUUCAGCCGCACGAUAUCUUCAUCAGAAGUUCGUUGUGCACCGAGACAUCAAGUUGGAAAACGUGCUGCUCAAUAUUCCAGUGCGAGUACACUCCGAUGUCGAGGAUUGGCAGACACUAGACCGUGCUGUGGUGACUUUGACUGAUAUGGGUCUGUCGCGGCGGAUACCUGAGCCACCAGAGAGCCCGCUACUAAGCACCAGAUGCGGGAGUGAAGAUUAUGCUGCUCCGGAAAUCUUGAUGGGCCAGCCAUACGAUGGCCGCCAGACGGACGCAUGGGCUUUGGGUGUUCUUUUAUAUGCACUGAUGGAAGGUCGCUUGCCCUUUGACCCCCUGCCUGGUGCGAGAGGAGAUCCAGCCACCUUGAGAGCGCGCACACCUCACCGAAUCGCACGAUGUGAAUGGGCUUGGGUCAAAUACGGAGACGAGGACGGGAAUUGGGAUCCUGAAAAGGGAAAGGAGUUCAAUGGGGCGGAACUAUGUGUGGACGCGCUCUUGAAACGAAACACACGGCGGAAACCACUGGCCGAGAUCCGUGAGAUGCCUUGGGUCAAGGACGGAAUUCAAGUCGACGGAGGCCUUAGAUGGGUCGAAGAGGAGAGGCUGUAACAACAACAUAGUGACGAGAAAUGUCUUUCUGUGGUAUGAGCCUGUAUUAUGUCUUGAAACGCGCGAUAGACGGACCAGGGUUUGGUAAAUCGCUGAUACGGGAUUGGUUAAGAUCGUGAUUCAUCCGACUGCCGAGGAAAAAGGGUGCUCGGAUUUAUU